UUGUGCACAAAUGUAUAACUCAAGGAAGCCAAAGAAGGCACACCAGAGAGUGAUUGUGUUAUUUCAGUAUUCGCUAUCAACGGUUGUUUAUCCCUGAGUUCAAAGAGUUCAAACACUAUCUGAAGUUAAAUGACGCCAAGAGGGCAUGGCCAGGGCUCGAAAACAGUUUGAAAUGUUUAAUAAAUUUAAAUCAUUGGCUGUACAUUGACUAAUACUAGUUCCUUGACACGUCUGUUAAACUUACGCCUUUAUUAUUUAUUUCAAGUAAAUCAAAGUUGAAAAUGUCUCUACCAGAUAAGUUAAACUAUAAUCCAGACGAAGACUUGGCAUUUAAAGGCUUUAGCCAAGAGUUCCACGGGUUCACGAUGGUGCACCGGGUAGCGACGGACGAGCGGCCCUUCGAGACGCCGUCCUCGGACGAGAGCGGCAUGGGUCGCAGCGACUCCCCCAGCGACGAGUCCGAACCAGAAGCAGCUCUGGUGGUACCACCAGAUGGCGGUUGGGGCUGGGUUGUGGUGGCGGCUUCUUUCAUGUGCAAUUUUGUGGUGGACGGCAUCAUAUUCUCUGGAGGAUGUCUCUUGGAGCCGAUAGAAAAAUCUUUUGGGGCAAACAAAAGUCAAGUGGCGUGGGUGAACUCUCUGCUGUCUGGAUUCUACCUUCUAAUGGGGCCCUUCGUUUCCGCCUUAGCUAACAGAUACGGUUUCCGCCUGGUGACAAUAGUCGGCAGUGUACUCGCGAGCAGUGCGUUCGCUCUAUCGUACUAUGCGACCGGCGUCGUGUAUCUCUAUCUUGUUUAUGGUGUCGUGGGAGGUAUCGGGUUAUGCAUGAUCUACAUGCCAGCGGUGUUAGUGGUUGGUUUCUACUUCGAGAGAUGGCGCGCGCUAGCCACCGGCCUCGCGCUUUGUGGCUCCGGUGUCGGCACCUUCGUGUUCGCGCCCCUCACCAGGUAUCUGCUCUCCAAGUACGAGUGGACCACUACUCUUGUGAUACACGCAGGGUUAAUUCUACUAUGCGUCGUUUUUGGCUCCCUGUUCAGGCCAAUCAAGCCAGUUAGAGUGACAUUGGCCGAUCAAGUCGAAGAAGAGGAUGCCUCGCGCCGUCACGAGGAAGCGGUAGAAAAAUUAAAUUCAAUGCUCAAACUUCAUAGUAAACUUGAUUCUGGAAUAUCUAUGCCGAAUGAAGUGAGGUUCACGAACAAAGUGAGCCCCCAUACAUGGAUGGGAGUCGCCAACAACACGCGCUACCCAACCGCUGAAGAAGUAUUUCGCGGCAGCAACUCUCAUAUCAGCAGACGAUCAUCUGCUACAGCGACAACGUUGAAAAACCAUCUUGCAAACAAACCGAUGUUCAUUGCCGUCCCGGUUGCAGAGAAGGACGAGCAAGAAGACUCAAACAGUAACCUUGAGAACGUUGAACCUUUACUCUCCAAUCCUGUUAAAGUUGUCACCAGAGAUGCACGACCACGUCGAUCGCACUUAGACUUAGUUGCGAGACCGUUUUAUCGUGAUGAUAUUUUCUUUGGAGGCAGUUUGGCUAGACUUCCGCAAUAUACUUCUCGCACUUCCCUCGGCUAUCAUUUAGCGGUAACUCAUGUCCCUACACAGGAAGACACUCAAGAAGAAACUUCUGGCAAAUGUCAAUUGUGUCCUGAGGCUGUAAAACGUGCUUUGGCUACAAUGUUGGAUGUUAGCCUAUUCCGAUCACCGACAUUCGUAAUUCUUGCCGUCAGCGGUUUCUUUACAAUGUUGGGCUUCUUCGUCCCUUACCAGUACGUUGCGGAAAGAGCACAAAACGGUGGCAUGAGUGACGUUACAUUCUUAGUAUCUGCUAUUGGAAUAUCCAAUAUUAUGGGACGUGUCGCCUGCGGAUCGGUGUCAUCUAUGCCGAAAAUGUCUCCAUUGUGGCUAAACAACAUUGCAUUAACUGCUGGUGGAAUUGCUACUAUGCUCAGUGGAUUAGACUAUAGCGACGCAUUUCAGUUCGGUUACUGCGCUAUAUUUGGACUUGCUGUAGCGUGCUUCGCUUCUCUGCGAUCAAUUCUGGUAGUGGAGUACAUUGGAUUAGAGCAGCUGACCAACUGCUUCGGCCUUUUCCUACUAUUCCAGGGCAUAGGAGCGCUUCUCGGUGGACCCAUUGCUGCCGCUCUCAUCGACUGGACUAGGGAAUACGAUAUCUCGUUCUACGUCUCUGGUGGAUUCCUGCUAUUCUCUGCUGUCAUGUGCUAUCCCAUUGACUACAUCAGCCGCUGGGAAAAAUCAAGGAACAAACUUGCAGCCUCGCCAAAAGUAUGAAUACUUUCAUGCCAAAAUAGGUUUUUCCUAUAAGAAGUGAAUUAAGCUAUGUAAAAACUGAAAGAAAAACGAAACUGACCCUGUAGUUAGAGUUAGGUAAAAGUUGCUGCAACGAGAUUUGUACUGUAAUUGCGAAUACAAGUUAUGCUCCUUUUUCUUUUUUUUUAAUGACAAGUUUUUAUAAUAAUCUAGGUAUCUUUAGCCCGUUUUAGGUGCUAUUGGUAUUUAUAACUAUAAUUAUAGUAAUAAUUUUAUUAUUUAAUAUUUCAUCACCAACACUGCCCGAUUUUUCCAUAUUUUUGAUAUUCUAGGUAUUUUUAUAUAUAAAGUUGAAAAAAAAUCGUAGAGUUCAAAAAAUAUAGAUCAUUUAAAAUAAUUCUCCCAAAUUUUAUAUACGUAGGGUAUAAUUUUCCUAUUUUGUAUCUUGUACUUUAAUAUCAAAAAUAAAUAAAUUAAGUAGUUUAUUGUACUUAAGUACUUACUAUUUACAUUUGUUACACAAUUUGUAAAGCUGAAUCUCUUUGAGAUGGGAUUUUAUAAAAAUGUUUUUAUAUAUUAGGUACCUACAGUACAUAUCCUUUGUACUUAACACAUCACAUAUUUGCCAUAACUAUUUACGGAUAAUAUAUUAAAAAGUGCCUAUCUACAUUUGUGUAGUAAAUUAUAAUAAUAUAAUCUUUGAUAUUUGAACAAAAUGUUUAUACUUAUGACUCUAAUACUAUGUAUAAAAUAUGUUUAAGGGAAUGUCAUAUUUUUUUUAAAUUACCUUUCCGUGCAGUACAUGGGCCUAAUAAUAUGGGAAUUCUGCAAAGGAAUUCAGUUUAUUUAUGCAAAGACUCAAAAGAGUUCGAAAUAUGCAUUUAAAAUAGGAUUAGUAGAUUGUAAAGUACAAAGACUCGAAAUAUUUAGUAGCCCACCUGUAUCCUUAAUACGAGAAUUGUACGAUCUUAUUCCAAGAGAUUUCCUUACGCCUAUCAUCUUGUUGCUAAAUGUUUUAAAUUAACGUGUAUUACAGUACUGUGUAAAACCUGUUUAAAUAAUAUCUUGUUCAGGACAAAAUGGCAUAUUGUCGACCAAUUUCGCGCUCUUUUUCAAUGCGAUUAUAGGAAAGAGAGAGCUAGAGCUAUAUUUCCGGUUAAUUGGCCGACUAUUUUUUUUUCUCUGCACGAGUAAUGUAAUGGCGCGCACGUCUGCUAGAGAAUCGUUAAUCGGCAUUUACUAAUCGAUUUUAGCUUUCUCUAGUUGCGUGAUGCGUCAAAGUGACAUCUACCAGCCGCCUCAUCUUACAUUGAACUAACAGUAAAAGUGCAAAUAUAAAUAAAUAUGCCAAUUCAAGUUUACAUUGUCCAUGGAAUGUCAGAAACGCAUUCUUAAAAUCGUCACUUUAUAUUUAUAACAUUUGGGAGGUACCUAAUAGGUAUCUACCUACCUAUUAAACUGGCGUUACUAUUUGGAUUCACGGUAAAUAUUCAAUUCUCGUACUACAGUGGUACAGUAUUUUUUAAAUGAAAGUACUAUGUAGAUCUGAUGCCAAUACGUACCUUUGUCUUCUUUACAGAGUAGAAAAUUAAGUAUUUUAACGCAGUGUAAACUAAACCAAAGGCCUAACAUGUGACCAACGACAUAAUCUCGCGAAGAGAAAAAGCCAUGGUUGACCAAUGGCGGUUGAGCCGGAAAUAUCGCUCGCUCUUUCGCAACGAAAGAGAGAUCUAUAUUUCCGGUUCGGCGCUAGUUUGUUGACAAUAGGCACCUAUUUAAUAUAUAAUUUUGUAUCCACGAGAUAUGUUAUUGGUUACAAAUGUGUGGUUUAGGAAUUCAAAAAAUUCAACUUAAGGGCUUGCCUAGGUAGGUAUUAGAAUUUUUCGUGCAAACUUUUAACUCAAAUAGUAAAUAAAAGACUUAAAAGUUUGCAUUAAAAAAUAUAACUUGACUUGACUUUAAAUCGUUGUUGAUUAAAAACUGAAAUCUUUGAAGUCCAAAAAAUCUUUUGCUGAAAACGUUUUCGAGGUCUUAUUGGGCAUAAUCAUCAUUAAUCUCUUUGAACAUUAUUAUUGAAAUUAUUAAAGGGUUGGCCCAUAAUAUUGCAAGCCUACGACCACAUUUGCAUCGAUAAAAAUGUUCACGUGGGAAAGAUUGUAAAUUUAUUGGGCAUGGGCAAGUGAAUGGUCACAGGCUAAGAGCUACGUUUACACUGGUUUACAUUUCAUUAUUUUAUCGUCCAGUUAGUAGAUAAGUACUAUUAUUGUCUUAUGGACUUCGACGACGACUAGUAUACCGGCAAUAGUUAUUUAGUUCUAUCUCUAUACAUCUACCUAGUAAGCAUUAGUAGUCGGUAGUAAUUAUUGUAAGCCUGUUGCCUUUAUUCCUAUUAUUUUGCAAUGUUAAACAAUUACAGUGUAAACGUGGCCUUAUAGUUAUUUGACAUGACAAAUACAAUACGACUCAUUGUGACGUCAUUUCCGCCAUUGGUGCUUGGUGCUAAAUUAACCUAUAUUGAGACUAUAUUGUAUCCUUAUGUAUUUUGUAUGGGUGUGUACUUUUUUAAGACUAUUGUUAUAUUAUAGGCAAUGCAUGAGUGCAAAUGAGUGAUUUUAUUUAGAUUUUAUAGUUAGGUACAUAUAAUAUUAUUGUUAAUGUUAUUCAUGUUUGUGCCUUAUUGUAUAAACUAUAAAGUGAUAGUUAUUUUAUUUUCAGAUACCUCUUAAUUAGUUAUCGAAAUCCAUACUUACCUACUAUAAUAUUAUUAAUGAUGAAGUAAGUCUGUCUGUCUGUUGGCUUUUCAAAACUGAAGCGUAACCGCUGGACCGAUUUUGAUGAAAUUUGAUAAAGAAAUAUUGUAGUAAAGUUCUCCAUUUUUCAAGUUGUACCUACCUAUUUAUGAAUACUGGUGCAAUAAUCAUUAAUAAAUAAUAUGAUUUAAGAUUUAUUGAAAUUCGAUCCCAAAGGAUGUUGGGGCGAUUAUGGCGGUUAAGCCAACCAUUUCUCAAGUUAUAUUUUUUUAAAAAUGGUAGGUUUAUAGCCGAUCGAAUAGCCGAUACUGGGAAUGUAAGGGAUGAAAGAUGAGGUACACUGAUUUUCUCGCAGACGAAAUCGCGGGCGUCCGUUAGUAUUAAAUAUAGCUUUGCUAUAGGUUCAGUUAUAUUUAAAAAGUACUUGGGAAUGUUCCAAAUACCCCAUGAACUUUACUUAUUGUUUAAGAUACCUACUAUUUAGUUAUUACAAUUAAAGUUAGCUUAAGAAAUACGACUGUGGCUGUGGUCUUUGUGUAAUUUAGCAAAUAAGAAAUCAUAGUCAUAGUAGGUAAUAAGGUACAGGCACCGAAAGGAUAACGCCGGCUACAGACGGUCAAGUUUUUUAAAAACUUCAAGUAAAACUUUUUUGAGUAAAACGGUCAAGUUUUACUCCGUAAAAAAUAUCGAAAUGUGAUUACUUAUAUAUAUAUUAAUUUAUAUGAUGGGUAGCAGCGACGGUGAUCAUCAUUUUGUGGUAGAGGAAACACCUCAAGCAGAUCUCAGGACUUGUGAUCUUGGGUGUCGGUUUAGGGAUCCCUUUAGAACACUCACACUCACCUCUCCUUCCCGACAUGUUCUCCGUGCCCACACUACACAAUUUAUGAUCAAUAGUACAACACAAAACAUUAUUGCACAUAAUCACCAACGCGACUAGCAAUGUGAUGAUCACGCAAAUCAUCAAAUACCCUUCUAAAAACUAUCGCUGUCGUAACAACUUUAUACAAAUACUUACUUUUUAUGAUAAAAUAAAUAAUUUAUAUAUUAAUGUAUAUGUAUAGAAAUACCACCCGUACUUGAGGAACUUGUAGGUAACAUAUACCUACUUGACCGUCUGUGGCCGGCGUAAGGAAUACGAAUAUGUAGUUUGUAAAGUUGAUGAGUUCAGAUCCAUCUGUUAGGUAUUUUGUGGUGUACCGACCUACCGCGUCUUGUUUUUAUGUAAGUAGGUACUAUACCUACAUACUUUAAAGUGACUAUGAUUUUCAAACUACAUUCAUUAAUCAGUGAAUAAUAUUUCUAAGUCUAUGCCACAGUGCCAUUAAUAUGCGCGAUUGACAUUUGGGUAUUUUGAUUUUUGAACGAUCGUCAAUCAGCUGGGGACAUAACGAUUAAUAGGCCCUACAAACUACUUUAGUACUUUAGUCGAAUACGAACAAUUUUUGAAUUUACCGCCCAAAAACUGUUCGUACUCGACUAAAAUACUAAACUAGUCCGAACUAGGCAUUACGGCAACGCAAAUAUAUUGCUAUUUAUUUCUAACUAUACAAGCCUGGAUGCGAUAAAGUUAAAAAUGUCAAUAAUAUAAUUUUAUGAUAGUUAUUGAAACAAUUUGUUCCUUUAAAUAGUGAAAUACUGAAAUAGGUACCUACGUUAAAUUAAUUUAGAAUUUACGCAAGGUCAGAUUAGUUUCAAAAUUCAAACCCAAAUGUUUAUAAUAAGUGAAAUGUAUGAUCAACUUGCUUGCUUAAUGUUCCGAAUUAUUUAUAAAAAAAAAACGUAAUGCGAGCGGGUAAUAUACCUUCCUACUAUUAACAUAGAAUAAAAUAAUACGUCCGCAGAAAAUUCGUAUGUAAUAAAAUCAUGUUGUUACUCA